AUGGGGUUUAAUCAGAUAUUCUAUUCAAAUGGGGAUGUCUACGUUGGUAACUUCAAGGAUGAACUUUUUCAUGGCAACGGAAAGUUCACAUUGUCAUGUGGAUCAGUAUAUGAGGGUGAUUGGAUUGAUGGAGAUAUGGAUGGAGGUAUCUACACUGGAAAUUGGAAAAAAGAUAAAAGAGAUGGAAGAGGGACUAUGAGUUGGCCUGAUGGUGAUGUUUUUGAUGGUUGUUGGUCAAAUAGACUUGUACAUGGAUAUGGAGUUUAUAGAUCUGUAAAUGGGGAUGUUAACACUGGAAAUUGGAAAGCAGGGAGAUUGGAUGGAAGAGGGAUUUUGAAUUGGACUAACGGUGAUCAAUUUGAUGGUUGUCUGUCGCAUGGACUUAGACAUGGACUUGGAGUUUAUAGAUUUGUAAAUGGGGAUGUCUACACCGGAAAUUGGAAAGAAGACGAAAUGGAUGGAACAGGGAUCAUGAGUUGGGCUAAUGGUGAUGUUUUUGAUGGUUGUUGGUCAAAUGGACUUAUACAUGGAUCUGGAGUUUUUAGAUUUGCAAAUGGGGAUGUCGACAUUGGUAACUUCAGGAGUAAACAACUUCAUGGCAACGGAAAAUACACAUUUUCAAAUGGAACAAUGUACGAGGGUUGCAUAUGCUCAAAUGGAAAAGUGAUAGAGAAAAGACUGAUGAUAUGA